UCUUUGUUUUCACUUAUUUUAAUGAAGUGAUUAGCUUUGUUAAUCUCAUUGUUUAACUAAUGGUACAAUUUGAGUCAUUAGCCAUUUUCUACAUACUCCCAGUAACACUUCAAUACAUAAUGUAUAAAAAGUACAGGAGAUUAAGGCCUCCAAAGGAACCCAAGUGAGUAAUGUAUAUUUAAAUAAAGGAAUUUACAAUUAUAUGAGCAGUAAAUGUAAUCCAACAAAUGUAUGAAAUGUUGCAGAAAUGUUUUUCACAGCAGCUUAAUUGCCUUGCUUAAUUGAUUCGUCAAUUAAGUAGGGAAAGCACAGGUGAAGCUAAUUAAGUCAUUAAGGCUUAAUAGGUUUGAGUGUCCCAGGAGCAAAACUAAAUGGGAUGCAGCCGUUAUUAAUGCUAUUAAUUACAACUGCAGAGUGUUAAAAUGGUCCAUUUAAAGAAAAUAAAGACCUAACAGCUAUUUGGCACAUAUGAAAUCAAAAAUUUUAUCAAGGUUAUUUUGUGGCCAGUCACACUUUGUUGGGUCCCCGUUUGUACCAGUGUAACCACAAUGAUUAGUAAGGAUGGGUGCCCUAAAUCAUAUAGCUGUGGCCUAUAUUUUGUAAUGCGGAGAGCAGCUUUGUGUCCUUCAAGGACUUUUGACCAUAACUUUCUUCCACUAAACUAUUUCUUUGCAGUAGGUCUUUCGGUCACUUCAUGCCAGCACAGUAAUCUACCUAUCACACCAGAAGACUGAUAUUGUUUGAUUCACGUUAUUUUUAAACGUCUUUAGUCCCACUUAAGUCUUGAUAAUGAAUUCGUAUACAGUCACUGUAUUGCCAUAACCGCAAGUGGGGCCAUUAAUACUUGAAAAUUGUGUUUGUGACUUAUUAAUUGCGAAAAUAAUCUUUCCGGACCGUGGGACGAAACAUGUCGUUCGGUAUAACGGUUGAUUCACUCUUUCCUGCAGGUGACCAUAGCAACAGUAUCGAUGUGGUUACUACAGCGGAACUCAUUAAUUGGCGGUUAACCCCUCCAUGUUAGCUAGAAAAAAACGUAAAAUGGAUGACAAUUUCGGUUUCCAUGUGUAGUUUUCUUCGGUAAAUUGACAUGGUAUGCUAUUAACCAUACAGUGGCGUCGGCGCUUGCGCUUCGAGUCCGUUAUUUGAGGAAAAAUGUUUUUUAAUUUUACUCGGCGGAUAAGGCCCACCACUCCCAUCACAUCCUGUCCACUCUGUCAGGAAACGUCGUUCAUUUUGGCUAAUUCAUUUGAGAGAGUGUGCUUGUUUACUACAGCGGCUAGUAUGUUACUAGCUGCUGUGAAAGGAGCGGAGGUGACAUCAUGCGUCUCCAGCGCUGUCAAGCCUCAGACAGCGAGCGCUGCCCCGCAAUGGACAGAAGUGACAACCCGAGCACCGUAGCCAUUAGCUAAACAUUGCCUCAGCUUUAGCAGAGCGUAUACACAGAUGAUGCUGCGUAAUUGCCGCUAAUCCUGCUGUGGUUUACAGCUGUGUACGGCACCUCACCUAGCCUGCGCUGAUCCUUCAAACAGGCAGCCUGCGUAUUUAUUCUGCAAAUUCAUGAUGGUCGCUGAUGGAAUAACAUUACAGUGAAAAUUGGCCCAUGACAUCCACCGUACAUUUACAUAAUAUGCAGUAGGCUAUAGAUGCGCACAGGCUCCCAAAACAACAAACAUGGGAUGCAUCAGGGCUUGUCUGCAGAGAAUAAGACGCAAGAUAAAGCUGGACCUGCUCAGAGAGCUGGGCCGACAGUAUCCAGUCUUCUGCUUUCUGCUUCUGGUCCUGCUGCUGUCCACUGUGCUUUUAAACAGAUAUAUUCAUAUAAUGAUGGUAUUUUGGUCCUUCCUGGCUGGUGUUGUUACUUUCUACUGCUCUUUGGGGCCUGAGUCACUGCUGCCCAACAUCCUAGUCUCCAUCAAACCAAAGAUCAAGUCAUACCAGCAGGAACUGUUUCCACUGGGCCACAGCUGUGCUGUUUGUGGAAAAAUCAAAUGCAAAAGGCACAGACCGACUUUAUUACUCGAAAACUAUCAACCGUGGCUUGACCUGGAAGUUCCUUCUAAGGUGGAUGCUUCACUUUCAGAGAUUCUGGAGCUUGUUCUGGAAAAUUUUGUGUAUCCAUGGUAUAGAGACAUCACAGAUGAUGAGGCGUUUGUUGACGAGCUGAGAGUGACUUUGCGUUUCUUCGCAGCUGUGUUGGUCCGUCGAACCCAGAAGGUUGAUGUUGCAUCCCUCAUCACGAAAAAGCUUCUUAAAGUUUCCAUGAAGCACAUUGAAAUAAUUACCAAAGCAAGACAGAAAGUAAAGAACACAGAGUUCCUUCAACAAGCCGCACUGGAGGAAUAUGGUCCUGACCUCCAUGUAGCACUCCGCUCUCGCAGAGAUGAGCUCCUUUACCUCAGGAAGCUCACAGAGAUGCUUUUCCCCUACAUCCUGCCACCCAAGGCUACAGACUGCAGAUCUCUUACUCUCCUGAUAAGAGAAGUCUUGGCUGGUUCUGUCUUCCUUCCUUCAAUGGACUACUUGGCUGAUCCUGACACAGUGAAUCUUUUACUUUUGAUAUUCAUCGACAACUCUCCACCUGAAGAAGCCACAGAGCCAACUUCAACGUUGGUUCCUUUCCUGCAAAAAUACUCUGAUAUUCGCAACAAAAAGCCCUCAGUGCUGAAGCUGGAGUUGAAGGAAAUCAGAGAACAGCAAGACCUUCUCUUCCGAUUCAUGAACUUUUUGAAGCAAGAGGGGGCUGUCCACGUGCUCCAGUUCUGCCUUGCAGUCGAGGAGUUCAACGAUAGGAUACUGUGCCCAGAGCUGUCUGACUCUGAGAAGAUGAUGCUUCACGAAGAGGUGAAGAAGAUCUAUGAGACCUACUGUUUGGACGAGAGCGUCGACAAGAUCCGCUUCGACCCCUUUAUUGUGGAAGAAAUACGCAACAUUGCUGAGGGUCUGUAUUCAGAGGUGGUGAAACUGCAGACCAUGAGAUGUUUGUUUGAAGCCUAUGAGCACGUCCUGUCCCUCCUGGAGAAUGUUUUCACACCUAUGUUCUGUCACAGCGAUGAGUACUUCCGCCAGCUUCUGAGAGGGGCCGAGUCCCCUGCCAGGAAUUCCAAAAUGAGCAGUUCCUGGGACUGGAGCCCCGAGUCCCCAUCCUCACUGUUCACCGCCUCUGGCAGCUCUUCACCUGCAUCCUUUAACUCCCUCCAUGCCCAGUCCACGUUCACAACUUUCCCAUACGGCUCGCUAUCCCACCGCCACUCAUCACCCAAGAACACGUCAAAGAGGGGCGAGUCCUUUGGGAUCAGCCGCAUUGGCAGUAAGAUCAAAGGGGUGUUCAAGAGCACAACCAUGGAGGGAGCGAUGCUGCCAUCCUAUGGGCUGGUGGAGGGAGAGGAUGAUAUGGUUGAGGAAGCCAUGAUGGUCCUGGAGGAUGACUCCCCAGUAGAGGCCGCCUCCACCCCCAGCACCCCCCGAAACCUCUCAGCCUGGAACAUCACCAUCCCUUACAUUGAUUUCUAUGACGACGAUGUGAAAAGGGAGAGGUUUCCUGUGUUCUGUAUUGAUGUGGAGCGCAAUGACCGGAAGGCAGUGGGACAUGAGACUGAGCAUUGGUCUGUGUACAGAAGAUAUCUGGAGUUCUAUGUCCUCGAGUCAAAGCUCACUGAGUUUCAUGGAUCAUUUCCAGAUGCACAACUGCCUUCCAAAAGAAUCAUCGGUCCCAAGAAUUACGAGUUUCUUACAUCAAAGCGGGAGGAGUUCCAGGAAUACCUUCAGAAACUUUUGCAGCACCCAGAACUGAGCAACAGUCAGCUUCUGGCCGACUUCCUGUCUCCUCACAGCAUGGAGUCUCAGUUCCUGGACAAGAUGUUACCGGACGUAAACCUGGGGAAAAUCAUUAAGUCCGUUCCCAGCAAACUGAUAAAAGAGAAAGGGCAGCAUCUGGAGCCUUUCAUUCAGUCCUUCUUCAACUCCUGUGAAUCUCCCAAACCCAAACCCAGCCGCCCCGAGCUCACUAUCCUCAGCCCCACUUCAGAAAAUGAUAAAAAGCUCUUCAAUGACCUGUUCAAAAACAAUGCUAGCCGAUCAGAAAUGGCUGAGAAGAGACACAAUCAGAACUACUUCAUGGAAAUGAUCACUGUCGAAGGGGUGUAUGACUACUUAAUGUAUGUGGCCCGAGUUGUUUUCCACAUCCCUGACUGGCUGCACCACCUGCUAAUGGGUGGAAGGAUCCUGUUCAAGAACACGCUGGAGGCCUACACAGAUUACUACCUUCAGUACAAAUUGAACCAGGUGGUCCAGGAGCACCGGCUAGUCUCACUCAUUACCCUGCUCAGAGACACUGUUUUCUGUGAGAGCAGUCCGCCCCGCUCGGUCCACAACAAGCAGAAGAGGGCGAAGAAGACCUUUGAGGAGAUGAUGAGAUAUAUUCCAGACUUUCUGGGGAAGUGUAUCGGAGAAGAAGCCAAGUAUGAAGGGGUGCGUCUCCUCUUCGACGGACUGCAGCAGCCAGUUCUCAACAAACAGCUGACAUAUGUACUUUUGGAUAUCGCUAUUCAAGAACUUUUUCCUGAACUAAACAAGCAAGUACAGAAGGAGACGUCUGUGAUGGCUCCAUGGAUGUAAAAUGGACCAACAGACACAAGCUAACAUGCUGACAUCUACACAUCUGCAGAGACUUUGUUUGGUCUGGUUACCUGAAACUGACCUGUAGAUUACAUGUACAGUAUUGAUCUAGAUACCCGUCACAGCGAGAAAACAUUAGGCUUUUCCUGCUGUAUGUGUCUUUUAAUGUGUAAAAUAAAUGAUACAUCAGUGUUGCACUGAGAAAC